AUGGCGGUGGUAACUUUGCAUGAGUCAUCUCGAGUCAUAUCAAAACAAGAACUGAGAGCUGAAAUAAUAAUGUGGCAAAAUAGAUGGGAGAAUGAACCAGAUUUGCCCUCUACAGCAAUCGAAGCACUUUGUUUUGGGGCGAGUUUGUUCCCUGCAAUAAAGAUUUUACUGCAAAUAUUUGUGGCUCUACCUGUAUCAACGGCAACAGCGGAAAGGAGCUUCUCAACCAUAAAGCGCUUGAAAACCCACUUAAGGUCAACCAUGGGUGAAGAGCGUUUGAAUGGUCUAACUUUACCUAAUAUUUACAAAGAAGUUGAUUUGAAUAUUGAAAAUGUAAUGAAUAGGUUCGCCACAAGCAAAGCCACACGAAUGAGCCUCAAAGAAUGGUCAGGUUGA